CAGACAGGCGGGUCCAGAAGCCAGUCGGUCUGAGGACAGGCCCCUGGGAUCGUGAAGAUGUUGUUGCCACUGCUGUCCGUGCUGUGGGCCGGGUCCCCGCAGGAGGAUCCAGGGUUCGAGCUCCGAGUGCAGGAAUCGGUGACGGUGCAGGAGGGUCUGUGUGUCCACGUGCCCUGCUCCUUCUCCUACCCCGGGGUCGGCGGGAGCAACUCUACACCCGCUUACGGCUCCUGGUACCGGAUAAAGAAUCCCAAAGUGGGAGUUCUCAUGGCCACGAACAACCCAGCCAGAGAAGCAAAGAGGAAAAACAAAUUUCCAUUCCACCUUCCCGGAGAUCCUGGGGCUGGCAACUGCUCCCUGAGCAUCACGGAUGCCCAGAGGGGACACGGUGGAAACUAUUAUUUUCACCUGGACAGAGGUCUCAUGAGACACACUUACAAGAGUAACAGGCUCACUGUGCAUGUGAGAGCACUGACACAGACCCCGGAUAUCCGGGUCAAGGAGCCCCUGGAGUCUGGCUGCCCCAGCCACCUGACAUGCUCUGUGCCAGGGGCCUGUGAUGGGGCGAUGCCCCUCACCAUCUCCUGGACAGGGGCUGCCCUCAGAGCCCCAGAAUUGGACUUGGAGGCCUCUAACUCCUCGGAGAUCCUGCUCAUACCCCGCCCUCAGGACCACGGAACCAACCUCACCUGUCGGGUGACCUUCCCCAGGGUUGGCGUGAGCACCCAAAGCACCAUUACGCUCAACGUCUCCUAUGCCCCACAGAACCUGAGCAUUGGCAUCUGUCAAGGAAAUUGCACAGAACUGAAAUACCCGGGGAAUGGCUCGUCUCUUCCAGUCCUUGAAGGGGAGUCUCUGCUCCUGGUCUGUGCUGCUGACAGCAAUCCUCCCGCCACACUGAGCUGGGCCCAGGGGAGCCGGACUCUGGGCCCCUCCCAGCCCUGGGAGCCGGGGGUCCUGGAGCUGCCCCGAGUGCAGCUGGGCCACGGAAGCAAAUUCACCUGCCAAGCUCAGAACCCGCUGGGCUCCCAGCACGUCUCCCUGCGUCUCUCUGUGGUCUACCCCCCGCGGCUGCUCAGCCCCUCCUGCUCCUGGGAGGGCGAGGGGCUGCACUGCAGCUGUUCCUCCCGAGCCCAGCCGGCCCCGACCCUGCGCUGGCGGCUGGGGGAGGGGCUGCUGGAGGGGAACCACAGCAACGCCUCCUGGACCAUCACCUCCAGCUCUGCGGGGCCCUGGGCCAACAGCUCCCUGAGCCUCAGCGGGCCGCUGGGCUCCGGCCUCAGACUCAGCUGCGAGGCCCGGAACGCCCACGGGUCCCAGAGCGCCGCCUUCCUGCUGCUGCCAGGGAAGCCUGAGCUUGGGGGAGGAUUCGUUCUGGGGACUGUCGGGGGCGCUGGUGUCGCUGGCCUGCUCAGUCUCUGUCCCUGCCUCAUCUUUUUCAUGGUGAAGAUCUGCAGGAAGCAGGCACCGGAGCCUGCAGCUGGUGGGAAGGAUGCCGCCUGCACGUUGGGUCCCCUCUCCCAGCCCCUCUAGAGGUCAAGCUGAUACUGUGUGGCCCAAGGCCCCAGGCGAACAGAGACGUACGCAUCAGGAAGGACCUUCCAUUGGCUUAGAGGUCCCCUCCCAGUGCUGGGGCAAAGGGUCAAACCUUUCUUUGGGCAUGAUGAGCCAUUUACUGCGCAGUAUCUUUUGCUUUUAGAGGUUCAUGGUAUCAUUUUGUGAUUGUGUUUGCCUGAACUUCUGAUUCUGAAAUGCUGAGUGGUCCCUGAGGGCAAUUCAGUUCUGAGCAAAUCCCUGUCCUUCUCACACCACCCACCCCAUUCCUGAGCAUCCUAUCACAAUCUGCUAUUAGAUAGUAAUAUAAUUGACUACUACCGUAAUGUCAGCUUCCCCCAGUGCGAGCUAGCUGGAGGUAUUGGAUGAUGUCUGCUUUGUUCCCCACCAAAGAGCCAGGGCCUGGCACGGGUCAGCUGUUCCAGAAAGUGGCAGACACUGGGGCCAGACAGACCUGGGUGCUAAUCUUGGCCCUACCAACAACUCAGCGUGUGAUUUUGGGAUAUUUACUCAGCCUCAGUUUCUCCACCUGAUAAAUGGGGAUAAUUGUGUCUCCCUAAUGGUUUGUUGUGAGGACUCUAGGAGUCUGGCAAUUGAUUACCAAGGACCAGGCAUUAUUAUUCUCAAAUACUUAUUGAAAUGAAUGAAUGAAUGAAUGAAUGAGUGAAUAGGGGCGCAGCCAAUGUUUGCAGGAUGAAUAGAUGAAAGACUAAGUGCUCAGUUUCUAGGUCUGCAUGUGGAUCCUCUUUGCUAUCUGCCAGCUCCCAUUACCCUAAUUGGACCCCCUUCUUUGCUUCCACUCGGGGUUACCAGCCCGAGUAUCCGUCAGAUAUCCCCUUAGCCUGCCUGCCCCCAGCCAUGGCUGCCCCCACCUUGGAGGAGGACCAGGAGCUCCAUUACGCCUCCCUCACC